UCUCACUUCUCAACCCUCCUUCUCGAACUCUGUUAUAUUCUUGCAUGUGGUGACGUCAUUUCUUUCAGACAAGGGCGUUUGCCGCAUUCAUAGUCACACUGUUAUGACUGUAGGAAAAGAGAGGAGCCACGACAUUUGAGUACAAACUUCAAUUUCCCUUUCCUCAGCGCCCACUACAGAACAAGGAUCAUUAUGGCAUACCAUGGCCCAGCCUAUGGUUUCAGCCGCGAGGUCCAAAAUAAAAUUGAUAAGAAGUACGAUCCGGAACUGGAAGAAAAGCUGGUGGAGUGGAUCAUCGCCCAGUGUGGCUCUGGAGUGGAGCGACCCGAGUCAGGCAAGAGUGGCUUCCAAACGUGGCUAAAAGAUGGACGUGUGCUGUGUGAACUCGUCAACAGCCUGUACAGAGACAACAAACCCAUUAAGAACAUCAAGAGCUCCACUAUGCCAUUUAAACAGAUGGAGCAAAUCUCCCUGUUCCUCAAAGCUUCUGAAAACUACGGUAUGACGAAAACGGACAUGUUCCAGACAGUUGACCUCUAUGAAAGCAGAGACCUGGCCGCUGUCCAGAGGACCCUAAUGGCUCUGGGUAGUCUGGCUGUUACAAAGAGUGAUGGGAACUACAAAGGAGAUCCCAGUUGGUUCCAUAAGAAGUCCCAGGAGAACAGGAGAGAGUUCUCAGAAGAACAAAUGAAUGAAGGCAAAAGUGUAAUUGGGCUGCAAAUGGGAACAAAUAAAGGCGCAACUCAAGCUGGCAUGACAAGUUAUGGACGACCAAGGCAAAUUAUUAACAAAAAACCCUGAAACUAAGAGGUGUUAAUCAGAGCUCCAAGACACAACUCCAUGUGUGCUCUGGAAUGUCAUGUACCAAGGGCAAACUAUCUCACUUUUCACUCUAACUUUUGCUUCGGAAAAAUAUAACCUGUCUGCUUUCAAGACUAAACAGGGACCAACUAAAAUAUGUGCAAAAAUAAACAUUCCCUAAUCAAGACAUUCCAUAUACUUACAUUGUGAACAAAGUUCUAACUGUAUACAUGAGUGAGUGUUUAUAACAGUUUCUUUCAUUAGAAAUAAUUUGAAUUGAAUUCACAGACCAGACUUGCAGACACUAGUGCAGAAGCUCACCACUACACAGGAAGGGUGUAGUGGGGGGCUUCGUUGCAGUAACAUCCUUCCAACUGUCAGAAAACGACAACGCUGCUCCCCAGGAUGAGGUCAAUGGGUUAGAUGCAGAGGACCAAUUGUGUUGUGUGUUUAUAUAUGUCAGUAUGUGUCCAAUGACAACAAAGGCAAGUCUUCAUUUAAACGUGUUUUGUUUUCUGUUUAAAUCCUCAAAGUUAACCCCAGCAUACAAAGAACAAUUCUUAAAAGGCAUUUAAAACAAAAUCUUAGGGAAUUCAAUUCAUUUUUUCCCCUCACUGACAAAAAUUUUAUUGUAUUUUAGAUCACAGUGGGAUUGUGCUAAUUCAAAUCCUUAAAUAAUAAACAAUUGUUUGAUCCCCUUGAGAUUCCUAUCAAUUUCUAAAUCGGUUCUGUUCACAGUAUGUUUCAUAUUCUUGUCAUAAUCAGUUUUAUUGAUGUCUUUUAAUCAAAUGUGUUUAAUAAAUUCAGUCUAAAAAUUUA